GAGUUGGAUGGGAUGGCUGCGAUAUUCCCACUGACAAGUACACCUACUCCAUUGCCAGCCAGAUCGAAGUGACUGAUGAAAAGGGUGUUGAUGAGUCAAGUGAUGGCCGUGUUGCAGCACUUUUGGCCUGGAUUCCUCAAAAAAAAAUCCAUGGUGACGACAACCAGGUCACUUGCUUUGAGGAAGUUGUUUAUUUUGUGAAAGAUGACCCUGUUAUCGUCAAUGGUCCUGCGAUGUGGCAGGCCACAAUCCGUGUCUUUAGCGUUUGGGAGCAGGAGGAACAGCUAAUUAGCUUCAAACUGAAGAAGGAGUGA